UAAAACUCUAACCGGAGUUUUCUCCGGUAAAAAUCUCCGGUUAGAGUGAAAACUCCGGUAAAAAAUAAUUAACCGUAGUUUGUCUGUUGCAUAAAGAAUAACCGGAUUUUUUUCCGGUUACCUCCGGUUCAUUUCCAUAGAAACUCCGGUUAAUUUUACCUUAGCUCUGAAGUUGGUGUUUAGUUAACCAGAGAAUUUAUGAGCACAGAUUUAAAGAUGGCUGCUGUACUGCAUGCUCUGCAAAUCGCUGCACUCAGACGGGAAAGGGUUUUCCGCGAUCGGCACCAUCCGCUCGACGUUUACGAUGAUCAGCAAAUGUUCAAGUUGUAUAGAUUUACAAGGCAGGGAUGUCUGCACAUCAUAGAUAUGAUAAGUGAUAGGCUGGAGCACAGAACGAGGAGGAAUCGUGCACUUUCCCCAUCCCUGCAAGUUUUUUUAAGUCUACGAUAUUACGCGACAGGUAGUGUCAUGGAUGACACACGGUGCAUCCAUGGGGUGCACCUGAGUACAGCAUCGCGAACCAUUCGGAGAGUAACCCUAGCCCUAUGUGAACUGAAAGAUGAGGUUAUCAAGUUCCCUGAAACUCUGGAGAAAGUGAGAGACACCCAAGUUUCCUUUUUUGAGGUUGCAGGAUUUCCGAAUAUUGUUGGGGCGAUCGAUGGAACUCAUGUUAAUCUCCACGGAGCACCUCUAGGAGAAGAGGAGUACAUCUAUGUCAAUAGAAAAGGAAGGCAUUCAAUAAAUGUUCAGUUGAUUUGCAAUACCCAAUACAAGAUCACGAAUGUUGUCGCCAGGUGGCCUGGUAGCACCCAUGACAGUAGGAUAUUGAGGAACAGUGCAAUUGGACAGCAAUUCGCUAAUGGUGAACUUCAGGGAAUCUUGUUGGGGGAUUCAGGUUAUCGUUUGGAAAGAUGGCUCAUGACACCUGUGAGAGAUCCACACACAGAAGCUGAAAGGAGAUACAACAGAGCUCAUUGCCGAACCCGGGUCGUCAUCGAGAUGGUCAACGGCCAGUUAAAGAAUAAACUAAGAUGCCUCAUUGCGUCUGGCCUCCAACUAUCCCCUGAAAGAGCAUGUGAUGUAAUAGUUGCAUGUUGCGUUCUGCACAAUGUAAGCAAGGAUCUCAGGGAGCCAAAUUACCAUGAAGGAGGGGAAGAAGAUGUUGAAUUACCACCCAUUGACCAAGCUUAUGAUCCUGUAGGAGAAGGAGCAGCUACUAGGAGAGACAUUAUCGAUACUUAUUUCACCUAGAGUUCACUUUUCUAUUCUGGAAUUGAGGUGUCACUAUUGCAUAUAUUCAUAUUAGAUCCUUUAUAAUCCAAUUUUCAAAGAUUUGGAAUAGCAAUUGAAAUAAACAUCCAAACCUACAAAAUUUUACAGAUCAAAGUUUGCAACAGUGAUGGAAAUUUAGAAUAGAAAUUCCAGCCAAUCUUGAGCCUCCCUCUAGAAGCAAAUGCAUUAAAAAGAGAAUGACAUUGUUGGCUGCAAUUAUUUUGACUUUACACUGACCAUUUUGCAGUGUA